ACUCUGAAGCAGAAAGGGCAGCGGCGCAGAUUGGGCACAGUCUGCCUCAAAUCUGCCGCAAAGCGAAGAUAAACGGUACAGAUUUUGACCGUACCGCCCGACGAAGAGGACUUUAAUAUUAGAACAAUGUAGCGGCUUCUCACUCCGGUUUUACCUAUGUGUUCAUUUAGUUUGUGUCUGUGUUCCGUUUCGUGUAGCCGUGUUUUCUUUUCACAUCACCGCGCCCUCAUAUUCAGUUUAGUUGUGGCUAAGUAGCUAAUCGAUGCUAGCAGCUAACUGAUGCUAGUAGCUAAUGUUGGUGCUGAUGCAGAACACAUCAGAUGUACCUUUGUAAUUACAAGGGAUGUUUUGUUAUGUUACAAAUCUCUAAUUGAAAAAGCUGUUAGGGAAAGAUCACGCUGUACUUUAGUUUUACAAAACAUCCCAUAGUUUUGAUUUUCUUUAGCAAAAAGAUCCAAAACCCCCAGAAGCAUCAUGACAGGUGAAAAAAUCCGCACCACGCGCAAAGACCACAACAAAACCAACAAAAAUGAGGAGAUUAUGGACACGUACGAGGAUGCACCGACUCCCAACGGCCCCAGAAACCAUUUCAAAUCCAACAAACUGUUUCAGAAACAACACAAAGCAUCGGCUCUGCAACAACAGCAGCAACUGAACGAAAAUAACAUCAACGGGAACUCUGCACCAGAGACAGAGACACUGGUGAACGACAACAACAAGAACCCCAUCAUCCUGAGCUCUGAGGCUGUGGACUUCCCUGUGCACGAGUGUGUGUUCAGAGGAGAUGUGCGCCGCCUGUCCUCCCUCAUCAGGAGCCACAGCAUCCUCCAGAAAGAUGUGCAUGGCAACACACCUCUUCAUCUCGCUGUGAUGCUCGGACACAAAGAGUGUGCCCUCCUGCUCCUGGCCCACAAUGCACCUGUAAAAGUGAAAAACGCCCAAGGAUGGAGUCCUCUGGCAGAAGCGAUCAGCUACGGAGACAGACAAAUGAUCACGGCGAUCCUGCGUAAACUGAAGCAGCAGUCCAGAGAGAGCGUGGAGGACAAGAGGCCCAAAUUACUGAAGGCUCUGCGCGAGCUCGGAGACUUCUACCUGGAGUUGCAUUGGGAUUUUCAGAGCUGGGUGCCUUUACUGUCUCGGAUGCUGCCUUCUGAUGCCUGUAAAAUCUACAAACAGGGAACUAAUAUCAGACUGGACACUACUCUCAUAGACUUCAACGACAUGAAGUGCCAACGCGGCGAUCUCAGCUUCAUUUUCGACGGCGAUGCUGCUCCCUCGCGGUCCUUUGUGGUUUUGGACAACGAGGCCAAAGUGUACCAAAGAAUACACCACGAGGAGUCUGAGAUGGAGACGGAGGAGGAGGUGGACAUUCUCAUGAGCAGUGACGUCUACUCUGCCACUCUGUCCACAAAGUCCAUCACGUUCUCUCGCAGUCAGAUCGGAUGGCUCUUCAGGGAGGAUAAAACGGAGCGAGUCGGAAACUUCCUGGCCGACUUCUACGCGGUGAACGGCCUCGUGCUGGAGUCGAGGAAGCGGCGGGAGCACCUGAGCGAGGAGGACAUCCUGAGAAACAAAGCCAUCAUGGAGAGUCUGAGCAAAGGAGGCAGCAUCGGGGAGCACAACUUUGAGCCUGUGAAGAGACAGUCUCUCAGCGCUCCAGCUCCAAACACUAUUUCCUGGGAGGAGUACAUCACAGCGGAGCAUGGAAAACCUCCUCAUCUGGGGAGAGAGCUCGUGUGCAAAGAGAGUAAGAAGAACUUCAAAGCCACGGUGGCCAUGAGCCAGGAUUUCCCUCUGGGCAUCGAGUCGUUACUCAACGUGCUGGAGGUCAUCGCCCCGUUUAAGCACUUCAACAAGCUCCGAGAGUUUGUCCAAAUGAAACUUCCUCCUGGGUUUCCAGUCAAACUUGAUAUCCCAGUCUUCCCCACCAUCACCGCCACCGUCACGUUCCAAGAGUUUCGCUACGACGAAUUCGACGAGUCCAUUUUCUUCAUCCCCCCAGAAUACAAGGAGGACCCCUGCCGCUUCCCCGACCUUUGAUCUGUCUCCUGAACCAGCAAAGGGAAAAAUAAACUUCCAUAUCUGUAUUUGUUUUCUUAUAUCUCUAUAAUAUCAGUAUAUGUAAAUGUUUAAAGGGAACGGGUCGCAGAUGCUUUUCAUUUUCAACGGAUCCUAAAGCAAGUCAAUGCAAAAAGAUGGCGCUAUGUUUAAAAGCUGUGGUCAAAAAGAGUGCUAGCUUUUACAUCGUACUUGCAAUCCACAAAAGAGCAGCGGUCCGUGGCGCGCUGCCGUCCGAGCCUCUGGACUUUUCCUUCUCUUGUAAUAAUAAUUAUAUCAAGUGUUACUAUCAGACGGAUACUUUCACUUUAUGAUUGCACUGACACUAUGUAAAUACGUCAUCUCAGCCCGUAGAGCUUAAGAAGGAGACUUUAGCGUGGGAUUGUGUAACGCUAAGGGACGGUGAGGGGUGUGGAGGUGUGUGGGGCGCGUCCUGUGAACCUAAAGCAGCUCUGUGGGGCUUUUCUGUCCUGUGGAUGAGGAAGUCGAACUUGCAAACUGUUUAAAUUAUAAUGUCUUGUUUUGGUAAAUUUGUAGGGUUUUAAACAGACGCCUUAGACAGAAAUCUUUGCCCAAAAUGGUCUCUUAAAAUAUUGUCAAAUUCUGGUAAAUCUCCUUAAAUUUCUUCUGGCGCGUCCAUAGACUGUUUAUAUAAAUGGACAUGGCUAACCUGCUAGCCGCCACGUCGCUCUGUCUCUGCUACUUCAGACUCAUUCUGGUCUUAAAUGUUCGUAUUAACCCUCUACAUGAUCCUGGGGUUUUUAUUUCACUAUUGUGUCUAAUCAGGAGUCUUCUUUCCACGAGGUCACUCCCGCUAGCGUUAGCAACAGGUUGGAUUGACAGUGUUGCUAAGCGCCUGCUCUCUGCUAAACCAGCGGUGUGGGCGGAAAGGGGCGUUACUUUCAACGACCUUGCUCCUGAUUGGCUCUCUGGUUGCUGUCAUACUUGCAGGUGGAAUUCCAAAUAUGGAACUCUGCUCCAAAUUAGCCGUUAUAUCGACUCUAGCCACUUAGUCCACUUCUUAACAGUCUGUGGUGCGUCGGUGAGUCUUUGAUUCAGACGCGUUUCGACUUUGCACGAUGUUCUAUUCUAACGAUAUAAACUGGUGUAAACUAAAGUAAUGCCAGUUUAGGGACAGUAUUUUGUUUCCAAAGCGACAGGCUCAGUGUGACGCCGUGCUCCUCACAGCCCCAAACCCCUCCCACUUUAGUUUAUAAAUGAUGUAUAGUAAAAUUCUAUGGUAUACUCAAUGGAGUAACACUGUGUAGCAAUACAUUUCCAGAAUGUUUUUACUCCGCUGGGACAAGGGUUAGCAUACACGCCCCCAUGCUAUUAAGGGUUAGCAUACACGCCCCCAUGCUAAUAAGGGUUAGCAUACAUGCGCCAUGCUAAUAAGGGUUAGCAUACACGCCCCCAUGCUAAUAAGAGUUAGCAUACAUGCGUCAUGCUAAUAGGAGAUAGCAUACACACGUGAUGCUAGAAAGGGUUAGCAUACAUGCGUCAUGCUAGAAAGGGUUAGCAUACAUGCGUCAUGCUAGAAAGGGUUAGCAUACAUGCGCCAUGCUAAUAAAGGUUAGCAUACAUGCGCUAUGCUAAUAAGGGUUAGCAUACACGCGCUAUUCUAUUAAUAGUUAGCAUACAUGCGUCAUGCUAAUAGGAGAUAGCAUACACACGUGAUGCUAGAAAGGAUUAGCAUACGUGCACCAUGCUAAUAGGGGUUAGCAUACACGUGUCAUGCUAAUAUUUCUGGGGUGUCAAACUCAAUUUCACCGAGGGCCACAUCAGCAAAAUGGUUCAUCUCAAAUUUGCAAAGAUAUAAAAAAAUAUGUCUGUCUAACUGCGUAACUCCUGAUAAACUGACAUUUUAAGACAGUCAUACAUUUAAAUUGACCUUGUCGCGGGCCACAUAAAAUGACAUGGCGGGCCGCAUUUGGCCCCCGGGCCUUGAGUUUGACACGUGUAAUAGUUGAACAUCCGCCUUUCCCAGCGCGGGUGAACCUCCUGUUUCUUCAGGUUAGCUCAUCUUACCUCUGUGUUGUACAAAUAUGAUGUGAGUGGAUUUUACUGUAUCAGGUCUGUGUCUGUAAAUGAGGGAACGUCUUUGGGAAUCAGGUGAAAUAUAUUUACUUUAUAACUGCACUGAUUAAAGGCAUGCUAUGGCUACGGAGGCCGAAAGGAUCACACAUCUCUAAGCUAUAUUAUAUCUUUGUUUAUAUUAACUGAAACUAACACUAAUACUUUGAAACACAUUUCUAGUGCUUAUAUAACGCUCUCCUCUAUGGUCGUUUCUGUGUUUUCAUUUUGUUACUUUUGUAAUCCAGGGAGAAAACAAGCUGUGAAGUUGAAAUUGCUGGAUAUUUAAAAAAAAAAAAAAACGGGGAAAAAUUUUUGCAAUCUGCGUAGUUGUCUCUGGCUUUUCUGCAACCAUACCUACUUCACAUCCCUUUAAAUAAAGCACCAGCAUCAUGUUUCAACUCA